CGCCCCCAUUAGGCGCGCGCCGGGAACCCCGCCCCCCGGCCCGGAAGUGCGCGCGCGUCGGCAAGAUGGCAGCUGCGGCGGGACCGCUCCUGCGCCUCCGCCGCUUGUGUCGCGUGCUGCUCUUCCUCUCGCAGUUCUACAUUCUAUCUGGUGGUGGAUCCUUAAAUUUAGAGCAUUCGCAGCCGCUGGCUCAGGCAAUAAAGGAUCCGGGCCCAACACGUACAUUCACAGUAGUUCCCAGGGCAGCAGAAAGUACCGAAAUCCCACCCUAUAUGAUGAAGUGUCCAAGCAAUGGUUUAUGUAGCAGACUUCCUGCAGACUGUAUAGACUGUGCUACAAAUUUCUCCUGUGUCUAUGGGAAGCCUGUCACUUUUGACUGUACAGUGAAACCUUCUGUUACAUGUGUUGAUCAAGACUUCAAAUCCCAAAAGAGCUUUAUCAUCAACAUGACUUGCAGAUUUUGCUGGCAGCUUCCUGAAACAGAUUAUGAGUGCUCCAAUUCCACCAGCUGCAUGACAGUGUCCUGUCCUCGGCAACGUUACACUGCCAACUGCACAGUGCGGGAUCACAUCCAUUGCUUGGGUAAUCGUACUUUUCCCAAAAUGCUAUACUGUAAUUGGACUGGAGGUUAUAAGUGGUCGACUGCUCUGGCUCUAAGCAUCACACUAGGUGGGUUUGGAGCAGACCGCUUCUACCUGGGCCAGUGGCGUGAAGGCCUGGGCAAGCUCUUCAGCUUUGGUGGCCUGGGAAUAUGGACACUAAUAGAUGUCUUGCUAAUUGGAGUUGGCUACGUGGGACCAGCAGAUGGCUCUUUGUACAUUUAGCUGUGGUUAUGUGCUUCAGAGAGGAGCAGUCCUUAGGAAAAGGUCUGUUGGCCUAUAGUAUCUGAUGUGUUGUGAGUUAUGUGUUUGUAUGUUUUUAAUGUACAGCAUCUGUACUUUGCUUGCCUUGAUAAAGGUAAAAUAAAGAAGUUAAACACUGAA